AUGGUCAACCCGGAGAAAUGGCAUUAUGGAAUAGUCCUCGACGCUGGCUCGUCAGGGACCCGUAUCUAUAUCUACAGAUGGCUCCGAAAUGAUCGCGCCCAGCUGGAACACAAUAACCUGAAACAACUCCCAGAGAUCAAGACCAAAGACAAGUGGACCAAGAAAGUUCACACUGGUCUGUCGACCUACGGUGUAACUCCUCAGCUGAUCGGCGACGAUCACCUCAAGCCGCUUGUUGACCAUGCGCUCGAAUAUGUACCAAAAGAGCUCAUUUCAGAAACUCCGGUUUUCCUCCUUGCCACUGCCGGCAUGCGAUUGCUGCCAGAGCACCAGCAGGACAGUGUCUUGAACAGUGUCUGCACAUACUUCCAAGAACAGACCGACUUCUAUCUACCAGAUUGUGGAUUACAUGUACAAAUAAUACCCGGCGAGACGGAGGGUUUAUACGGAUGGAUUGCGGCGAAUUAUCUGGUGGGUGGCUUUAAGACCCCGGUUACCAACGAGCAUGACCACGGCAAGGGCCACCAUACUUAUGGCUUCCUCGACAUGGGCGGCGCAUCGUCGCAGAUUGCGUUUGUGCCCAAUGCGACCGAGGCAGAGAAGCAUUCGAACGAUCUCAAGCUCCUCCGUCUGCGCAAGAUUGAUGGUUCCAAUGACGAGUACAAAGUAUUCUCCACCACCUGGCUUGGUUAUGGAAUCAACGAGGCGCGCCGCCGAUAUCUGGAAAAUCUGAUAGAUUCAUACGGCGAGUCGAUCACUGAAUAUCCCGAUCCGUGCCUGCCGCACGGCGUGAAGAUGAGUUUGGAUUCGCAUGAUAUCUUGGAUGACAGCACCAAAGAUAAGCAUCUUAUUGGCACCGGGGAUAUUGAUCAAUGCUUGAAAGAUACAUACCCCCUUCUCGAACUCUCCGUUCCCUGCCCUGACGAGCCUUGCCUAAUCAACGGCCAGCACGUCCCAUCCAUCGACUUCGAUGUGAAUCAUUUCAUCGGCAUAUCUAACUUCUGGCACUCAACCCACGAGAUCUUCGAGAUGGGUCACGACGAAAAAGCUUACGAUUUUGCCACCUACCAAGAACGAGUUCGCGAAUUCUGCUCUAUGGACUGGUCCACGAUUCAAGCAAAAGUCGAAGAACACGAAUGGGGCAAGAAAGUUGAUGCCCAAACCGCCGAAGAGGUCUGCUUCAAAUCUUCCUGGCUCAUCAACAUGCUGCAUGACGGAAUCGGAAUCCCACGGGUUGGUCUUGAAUCCAAUGGAACGUCAAAUCCCAAUGACUUUAACUCGCCCUUUCAAGCUGUCGACGAAAUCCGCGAGACAGAAGUAACCUGGACGCUUGGCAAAAUUCUCCUCUACGCCUCGUCCACCAUCCCGCCCCUCACCCCUCUGCGCGAGGGCUUGGAUUCUGAGCCCGUUGGCUUCGGCACUAACGAUGGACGUACCAUACCCAGUGAUUUCGUUUACCCUUCAUCAACCAAUAUUUUCCAACCCAAGAUACCCGAGGUGCCCUCUUCUGGGGGAAUUGUCGGCAAGGUCCACGAGACACUGUUCAAGUCUGACUCUGCUCAUCGCCUUCCCGGUCUCAUCUUCUUCUUGCUCAUUGUUCUCAUUGCGUCCUUCUUCCUCUGCGGUCGCGAGCGCCGCUCUCGCGCAUACGCAUGGUUGGGCAUUUCGACGCCUGGCUCGCCCAACGGCUUUCGCAAGAACCCAUCCCAGCAGCCGUCUCUCCUCCGUCGCCUUUUGGGUUGCGGGCGCACUCCGUACUCGCGCCUGGCUGGUGACCCCGAAUCCGGUGCUCCACUCCACGACCCAUCGGAUUUCGAACUGCGUGAUUUUGAAGACGAAUCUGACGAGGACGAGGGCAGCCUUGCAGUUGGGAACGGCAAGCUGAGUCCACGAAAGACGUUGAAGCCCAGCCCAAUCGAUAGGGCGGGCUUGGUCGUCCGGACUGAGAGCAGGGAGAGAUUGGACCUGGAUGGGCUACGGGGCAGUCGCACGGCUAGUCCAAACCGAAAUCGUGGUAAUCUAGGUAGUCGUGACGGGAUUGGCGCGGUCAGUGGCGGAGGGGGCUUGGGAGGCUUGGGCCGACUCGGAGAGGGAGACUUGGAUAGCUAG